AUGGAUUCGGUACGAAAUUGUCCGCUGUGUUCGUCCGCUUGCUCAUAUCCUUUUGGAGGUUCAGACUUUGAGGACUUGAUGACGACCGAUUCUUUAGAGACGAACGGCAGUGCAGCCGAGGCGAUAAAUGUGAUAGAAGACUCCCAAUCUAGCGAUAUAAUAGCGGAGAUAACAGCAACUACUUCGCCAGAGUCUCUACAACCGAUAACACCCAAAGAAUUUACAGAUAUCCCCAUCUUCGAUGGUGACUUAUCGGUAAAUAUCGAUCUCCUAACACUGUUAGGAGCCACUCCGUUACCGGAUUCGGUUGAAGGAUCUUCGGAGUCUUGUGUUAAACUAUUCGAUGAAUCUUUUUUGAAGGAAUUUGGUAUUAAUUUAUUAGAGCCUGCGCAUUUCAUCGAAGGACACGAAAGUACGCCGUUUGUGUCCGAGGAUCAGCGCAAAAUGCAAGAAGGAUCCAUUAUUGAAAGCUUUGAUUUUGGUUUGGACAAUGUGAACAUGAACACUGAAGACGAGAGUGUCUCACUAGAGUUGCCAUGA